AUGGAGGGGACACCAAUUUGGGGACAGCGGAUCCGCUCCCACACUAGCCAGUGGGCUUGGAUGUAUUAUGCCCCUCGUCCAAAAGAGUUGCUAGAUCUAUAUGAAUCUUUCAUUAUUGGGUGCUAUGAGAUCAUGUGGGAUGCUAGAGGUGAUGUGGACUUUUUUGGCUAG